AUGUGUAAGUCUCGCCGGAGAUGGUUUCCGUCACCGGAAGAUCAUGAAAACUAUAGGUGUUCAAUGGACCAAGAUGAUAUCGUGAAUACCUUGAUCACCACGAUUGGUGGUUUCAUCCAAGACCGUUUGCUUGAUCAGAGACAGAGAGCUCUGCAGAAGGAACAAUGUGGUGAGAGAUUAGCAGCAGAAGAUGAGAGCAGUAAAAAGGGUACGGAAGUUAGAUACUCUGAUCAAGCGGUUUUGGCUAACUUGGAUUGGGGGAUGGAUGCUCUUGAAGAAGCUAUUAAUACAUCAAAUACCGAAACUAAAAUGGCAAGACUUGAUCAUGCAGAAAAAAUGUUGCAAGUGUGUGCUAUGUUGAACUCUAGUGAUAGAACCGCAGGGGUACCUAAUUUUUAUCUAUCCGCUUGGGCUCAUCUUAACCUUGCUUAUUUAUGGAAGUUAAGAAACAAUGUCACAAAUGCAGUUCUUCAUGUUCUUGAGAUGUUUUCUGUUGACCCGUUUUUUUCAAGGAUUGAUUUUGCUCCCGAGAUUUGGAAAACAUUGUUUCUACCUCAUAUGAGUUCUAUUGUUGGGUGGUAUUCAGAGGAAAGACAUAGGAUUCUGAUGAACAUGAUUCCGGAUUCAUCUGAUUUGUCGUUCACUGCUGAUUUUGAUCAGUAUUUUAACGAAUCAUUGGUGUUUUCCAUGAGGCCAGAUCAGGCGGAGAAAUUGCAGAACUUGGAGAAACAUUACGGGCAAUUAUUAGAUGAUAAUACUAGAAAUUACGCGAAUUAUUUUAAAGAGUGUAUGAACCAUGAUCCGACCAGUAGCAAGAAGGCGAUUCCUAUGUUUCCCAUUGCUGAGCCUCCUAUGACGCCAUUACAUGAGGUGAGUCGGAAAAUUCCAGAUUAUGUGAGAUUCGGUCCCAUCUUGCCUAAAAGUGCAGGGUUCUCUCCAGUGCAAAAGGCUAAAAACAAUGCAAGGGAAGCAUCCAGUUUUAGUGCGACUCACACUGCCUCUGAGGACCUAGAUGAUUCCGUCGCAUGGGAUUUUCAUGAGGGAAUCCCAGAGGAAAAUGAGGAAUCUGAUUAUGAACCCCAUGAUGAUAGCGUUCAUAACAUAGUAUCACUUCCAACUGCUAAAAUCGAGCCUAACAGACACACAUUGAAGGAGAAGGCUCCACGGUCUCCUCAAAUGGUUUCUCCUGUAAGAUUGGCUAAAUCCUCCCCAAAAGUUCCGUCUCCAAAACAAGAUGGAAAUAAUAAUAAUAAUAAGGCGUCAUCUACAUUGAGCCAACGGACCACUCGGGCAAUGGAUUAUAAAGCCAAUACUUCUUUGCCUACUUCACCAUCAAUGCACCAUGAUCUUAGUACUUGCUCAGCAGACUCGGAUAAUGAAUCUAGAGAGGAGCAGCAGAAAAGUGCAAAGAAAGUGGGUCAUGGAAGAAGUUCAAGCAAUGCAAACGCGAAAAACCAAGCAUCAGAGAGGAGUUUAAUCGGAGAAUAUGAUAGCAGAAGUCCAAACUUUGGUUCUCCUCAAUCUUCGGAAAGAUCCUCACAAUCAAGGCCACCAAAAGAUUUUGUCUGCCCCAUCACUAGCCAUGUUUUUUGUGAUCCAGUGACUCUAGAAACCGGUCAAACAUAUGAAAGAAAAGCCAUUGAAGAAUGGAUGAAACGGGGAAACACAACAUGUCCCAUCACAAGACAACCUCUUUCUGCAAAUUCACUCCCCAAAACAAAUUAUGUUUUAAAAAGACUCAUCGCCUCAUGGAAGGAACAACAUGCAGAUAUUGCUCAAGAUUUAUCAUAUCCUGAAACACCGACGAGCUCCCAUGGAAGCCCAUCUUCAAGACAAAUCCAAUCUAGAACCUCAAAUCUACAUGAUCAUAAUGUCAACCAUUAUACGCCACAAAGAUUUAUGCAAGCUACAGUAGCCACAUCACCAACGAGUGUGAUAUCUCAAGCUGCUAUUGAAGCGAUUAUUAGUGGCUUACAACCUCCUGUUACAUGCUUAAGUAAUUCAGAAGAUUUGAAAGAAUGUGAAGCAGCGGUUUUGACAAUUUCAAAGAUGUGGAAGGAUUCAAAUGGUGAUCCAACAGUACAUGCUUGUUUAUCAACCUCAACAAUAGUAAAUGGAUUCAUCGAUGUACUAUCAGCUUCUUUAAGUAGGGAAGUUCUUAGAACGACGGUUUACAUUCUGUCUGAGUUACUAGUAGCGGAUGACAGACUCCGAGAGAUUUUAACAAAUGUUGAUCUUGAAUGCCUAGCUGCUUUACUGAAAAACGGUCUUUUUGAGGCUGCUGUUCUUAUAUACCUAUUGAAACCAACAUUCUUCCAACUGUCUGAAUUUGACUUGGUACCAUAUCUAAUUCAAAAUUUAAGUAGAAAAUAUGAAGAUACAAAAAAGGAUUUUGAGUUGGUGAUGGAUCCCAAGGAUGCUGCUAUAGAGUUAGUAGCUCAGGUUUUAAUGGAAGGAGAUGAGGAUAGCAGGACUUCUAAUGCUUUGAGCAUUAUGUCGGUCAAUGCAGUUCCUUCAUUAGUCAUGUGUUUAGACAGAGUAGAUACACGACUGUCGGUUAUGUAUAUCUUAUUAUGCUGCAUCCAUGCAGAUAGAAGUUGUAGGAACAUUAUAGCAACUAGAAUUGAUUUUGGCCCUGUUUUUGAACUAUUUCAUGCUGGAGACGAAUAUGUGAGAGGCACAUGCAUUGAGUUUCUGUGGGAGUUGGUUCAGCUGAACAGGAGAACAUUAUGCAAUCAAAUCUUGCAAAUAAUAAAAGAUGAGGGUGCCUUUAGCACAAUGCACACCCUUCUUGUCUAUCUUCAAAAUGCACCGAUGGAGCAGCAACCUGUCAUUGCAUCCCUUGUACUUCAACUUGAUCUCCUGGUUGAACCUCGGAAAAUGAGUAUAUAUCGAGAAGAGGCAAUUGAGACACUUAUUGAAUCACUCAAGAAAAAGGAUUUCCCAAAUUCACAACUUAUGGCUCUGGAUGCCUUGUCAUCUCUAUCUGGGCACCUUAGUACAUCAGGGAAGUCUCUUACUGAAGCCUGGUUGCUCAAGCUGGCAGGAUUUGAUCAACCUUAUGAAGAUUUCAUGACCAAAGAAAAUAUGGAAAUGAGUGAAAAAGAACUUACAGAGAAAAUGGAUAACAAGGAAGAGGUAGCUGCAGAUUCUUGGGGAAAACGGAUAGCUUAUGUGCUUUGCAACCAUGAGAAGGGUCAUAUUUUCAAUGCUUUAGAAGAAUGUCUUAAGAGGAACUCCAUAGAUAUGACAAAGAAGUGUCUUGCCACUGCCACAUGGCUCAUAUACAUGCUUUACAAUUUGCCCGACACAGGUGUUAGAGAAGUUGCUCGUAAGGCUUUGCUUGAUCAGUUCAUAUACAUUCUACAAUCAUCAAAGAAUCUUGAGCAAAAGAUACUGGCGACUGUUGCUCUCAGAAGCUUCAUCAGUGAUCCAGGUGCUCUUCUUGAACUUGGUGGCUAUGCUAAAUGCAUAUACAAAACCUUGAAAAAGCUUAAGAGGAGCUCUGUGGUUGUCAAUGACAUAAUGAAAACUUUGAUGAAUUUGCCAUCUGUCAAUGCGGCAGAUAUGUGGAAUUCUUCAGAAGGAUUUGAGUUAGAUACAUCAAUGAAUGGGGAGGUUCUAUCUUUGCUUAGCGUAAAAGGUCGACUGAUUAGCAGUCAUUCUGAUGGAACCAUUAAGAUAUGGGAUACGAGUAAAAAGACAUUGCGAUUGAUCCAGGAGGUUCGUGAACAUGCAAAGGCAGUUACUUGUCUAUAUGUUUCACCUUCAAGCGAUAAGCUUUAUAGUGGGUCCUUGGACAAAACUAUUCGGAUAUGGGUUAUCAAACCGGAAGAAAUUCACUGUAUUCAAGUGCAUGAUGUUAAAGAGGCAGUCCUGGGGUUGACAGCUGACACAAAUUAUGCAUAUUUUUUCUCUCAAGGUGCUGGAAUUAAGGUUUAUGGAUGGUCUGGAGUAGUCAAGAACAUCAACAUCAAGCAAACCAUUAAAAGCAUUGCCCUGAUUGGAAAUAAGCUAUAUUGCGGAUGCAGUGGUUUCAGCAUACAGGAAGUCGAUUUGCGAAAAUAUACAUCGACGACAUUUUACUCAGGAGCAAGAAAAUUGUUGGGUAAACAAUCAAUAAAUUCGAUAUAUAUUCAAGACAAUAUUUUAUAUGUAGGUGGUACAUCUAUAGAUGGAACAUCAGGAAAGGUAAUAAUAACGAAUCUUUAUAUCAUUAUCAAGUUUCUAGCUACCAUAAGUGGUGACAAAUUGAUUUGGUUCCAUUAA